AGAGAGGGGGCGCAGAGAGAGGGCACAGAUAGGGGGAACAGAGAGAGGGCACACUCAUGCCGUAGCCCCAGUAGCGCAAUAAGGGGAAGGGAAAUGUGGCCGGACAAUCAGAGUGGGCGAGCUAAAGGGAAAGAAGUGACUGGGAGGGAACUCAGGGAAAGGGCAAGCAGAGGCUGAUUAUUUACAGCCCAAUGUGGCCUAGUGGCUUGGAAUAGAGUCGCACCAGGCGAUUGGUUGUUGGGGAUGCUGACAGCUCUGAGAAUAGUCGAGGGGAAGGGCUGCUCCUAUUGAUUGUAGCUGGGCUAAAGAGCAGACUGGGGAGCCACACUGGGGCCUCUCUCAUCGCUGCCUUAGGGAUUCUGUUUCUUUCUCCUUUUGUUGCUGGAUAAGGGAAUUCUGGGUGGCUGCUUAUGGCACCGGCGGGGGCAGAUUCACCGUGGAUUUGCUAUAGAGAAGCCCAGGGAUGAGCCGUUACAGGGAAAAGCUCUGUAUUGUGUAACAGCCACAACAAAGGCUCCGGUAUCCAGUGGGCUCAGCAAGGAGAGACAUGGAUUCUGCAGAGAGUUCCCGCUUUCACUUCCAUACAGUAGAAGAUGUCUCUCCCAAGCUCAUUGGCUGCUCCCAGCAGGAAGAUGAUGAUGAUGAUCAGGGGGAAGCCUUUGACUUUGAUAGUGAAGGGGAAGAAGAGGAUUCUGGGACCAUCCCAAAGGCAGAAGUCCAACUGAGAACGUCCUCCAUCAGCAUUGAGAGACCCCCCUUAGCCCAUACAGGGGAAGGGACAGAAAAUCUCCAGAACAAGACAGAGGCAGCGGCUCCCGUGUCCCUCUCCAGGUCCUCCAGCUCCGUCAGUAAUGGGGACCCCGUGGGCAGGAAGAAACUCGAGAUUUAUACCUGUAGCCUGAAGAGGAGCUCUGUGAAACGGGAUUCUUCAUCUGAGAAGGUGUGUGGCCCCCGCGGAACUCAGGACGGAGCCAUUUAUGAGGACGUUCCAUGUGAGCAGGAGAAUCAGGAUGUGGGAGCCAGUACAGUAACUCCCUGUGCCUCCGUAGGGCUGGGAUACCACCUGAUCUAUGAGAACGUGCACCACGAGGGUUCCGAGCGGGACCUAGAGGACACGGGUUGGAGUUCUAGUGAAUUUGAGAGUUACAGUGAAGACUCGGAGGAGGAGGAGGAGGAAGAGAGAAGAAAGAUAAAGCCAGCCAAACCAUUCGUUGCCUUCCAGCCUAAGCUUUCCCCAGACCUCAGUAGGCUAAAGGAGAGGUACAGCAGGACUAAGCGGGACCUCCUGGCUCUGAGGGGCAGGGGGAGUGGUGCUCAGGAGCUGAAACACACAUACAACUGGAAGAUGACGCAGCUAAUGAAGGCGGCUCGGAGCGGCACAAAAGACGGCUUGGAGAAGACUCGCAUAGCAGUGAUGCGCAAAGUCACUUUCCUACAGCGCAAGGAAACUACAGGCGACUCGGAGGAGGAGGAAAGUGGCUUUUUUGAGGUCAUUGGGUUGGACUUGGACCUGAAGCCUCCACCGUCAGAGCUCGGACCAAUGCCCGAAGGACUAAGUGCUCAGCAGGUCCUGCGGCGCCACAUUCUGGCAUCCAUUGUGCAAAGUGAGCGGAGCUACGUGGAGUCCUUACAGCGCGUUCUGCAGGAUUAUCGCAACCCCCUUAUGGACAUGGAACCCAAACUGCUCAGUACUCGCAAGUGCCAGAUGGUUUUCUCCCGAGUAAAGGAGAUUCUGCACUGCCAUUCCGUCUUCCAGAUCGCGCUCUCCUCGCGGGUGGCCGAGUGGGACGUCUCCGAGAAAGUCGGGGAUCUCUUUGUGGCUUCGUUUUCCAAGUCCAUCGUGCUGGAUGUGUACAGCGAGUACGUCAAUAACUUCACCAACGCCAUGACGGUCAUUAAGAAGGCCUGUCUCACUAAGCCCGCCUUCCUGGACUUCCUAAGGAAGAAACAAGCGGCCAGCCCGGACAGGGUCACUCUCUAUGGGUUGAUGGUUAAACCAAUCCAGCGCUUCCCGCAGUUCAUCCUCCUCCUACAGGAUAUGUUGAAGAACACGCCCUGCGGGCACCCAGACCGCUUGUCCCUGCAGCUGGCACUUACGGAGCUGGAGACCCUGGCAGAGAAGCUGAAUGAGCAGAAGCGGGUCGCCGACCAAAUGGCCGAAAUCCAGCAGCUUUGCAAGAGCAUCAGUGACCGCAGCUCUCUCUAUAAGAGUCUGAGCUCCGGGCAGCACCAACUUCUUCUCUGUGAGACACUGACGGAGAUGGUUUAUGGGGACAAAGGGCAACUCCUCAAAUCCAAAGAGCGGCGCCUCUUCCUAAUGAACGAUGUGCUCGUCUGCGCCAACAUUAACUUCAAGGGGCAGCCUGAUAUUGGGAAUUUAGUGCCGCUCGGCCCUCGGUACGUCCUGAAGUGGAACACUCCGUUAGCACAGAUCUACGUGGCAGAGCUGGGGCAGGAAGGCAACGCCUUUGAGAAAGAUUUGGCGGCAGGGCAACAAGGGGUGGGCAGAAAGCAUUCGUUCUCAAGUCAGUUACAAAAUAAAGUAUCCCUGGGCUCCCCGCGCCUCUUCCAGGAGCUGCAGGAUGUCAAGCGGGAUCUGGAGGUCGUGGAGCAGAUAACGCAGCUAAUCAGCACCCUCCAUGGCACCUAUCAGAACCUGAACAUGACGGUGGCACAGGAUUGGUGCCUGGGGCUGCAGAGGUUGGUCCGGCUGAAGGAAGAAGAGAUCCAGUCUGCUAACAAGUGCCAUCUCCAGCUGCAGCUUCCCAGAAAGGCAGACAAGUCUGGGCGGCCAAUGAGUUUCAUGGUUGUUUUCAUCACUCCGAACCCACUGAGCAAAAUUUCCUGGGUGAACCGGUUGCACUUGGCCAAGAUCGCACUGAGGGAAGAGAACCAGCCCGGUUGGUUGUGCCCGGAGGAGGAGAAGAAGGUGAAAGCUCCGUUUUGGUCUCCGACGCUGGUCUGCCGCCUACCCGCAUUCUCCACCAAAGCUGCCGACCUGCAGCUGGGAGGCGCGGUGCACACCCCCGUACAGAACUCGCUCUUGGGCUUCUCCUCCGUCAGCACCUCGUUACCUCAGGGGUAUUUAUGGGUUGGCGGCGGGCAGGUCGGAGGGGCAGGACACAUACAGAUUUUCUCCCUCAAUCACACAUCCCCACGCAUGCUGAAGGCUUUUCCCCUGCCAUCUUGUGUGCUGUGUGUGGAGAACGUGUGCCCGAGAGCGCCCGAAGGGAACGACGAGAGGGAUGAAGAAGAGAGUGCGGCUGGCUCUGCGCGUCCCGCUGUGUGCGUCGGGCUGCAGGACGGGAGCAUCAUGGUGUAUGGGAAUGUGGACACUGGCACCCCCUGUUUAAUGGCGGUGGGGAGCCCGGGGGUGCAGCCUGUAAAGUGCCUGAGGCACAGCCCAAGCUUCCUGUGUGCGGGACUACAAGAUGGCUCUGUGGCGCUUUACCCAGCCACCCAAGGAGGACUGUGGGACCCCGGGAGCCCAUUGGUCGUAAAGGUGGGAGAUGGCCCAGUUCAGGCCUUACUGGUAAUCGAUGGCUGCGUGUGGGCAAGUUGCCGAAAUAGGGUGACCGUGUUGGAGCCAGGAACCCUAAAAACUCAGACCUUCGAGGCCGUACAGGACGAGGGUAUCAGCAUUACCCACAUGGUGAGGUCGGGGGGAGGGGUCUGGAUGGCAUUUUCCGGAGGUUCCUCCAUCCGACUCUUCCAUACGGAGACGCUGGAACUGCUACAGGAGAUCAACAUAGCAACCCGCACCAUGCUUCUGCCAGGACAAAAGAACCCGCGCAUCACGGCCCUACUCAUAUGCCAAGGGUUGCUGUGGGUGGGCACCGAUCUGGGCAUCCUGGUCACGCUGCCUGUGCCAAAGCUUGAGGGGAUUCCCAAAAUCACAGGAAAAGGAAUGGUUUCCCUGAAUGGUCACUGUGGGCCGGUCCAGUUCCUCACGUUGGCCUGCAGUUCCAUUGCCCCCGAUGAGCUUAGGACUGAUCAAGGUUCUGGGGAGGACAUCAGCCAAAGCGACGGGCCGGCAGAACCGAAGGAGGAUACACCAGAUGGGCCGGAUCUCCCCUCUGACAACGCCCCGCCUUCCCGCCUGAAGGGGAUCCUCCUGCAGUACCGGCUGAGGGGCACCUCCCACCUCCCGGGGCUGCACCUUUCGGCCAGGGAAGGUUCCAGAACUGAUAGCUGCACCCCGGCAACCAGCGAGGAGGACGGUUCUAUCUACGAGAUGGCGGAUGAGCCGGAUGUUUGGUGCCGGAGCCGGCCCUGCAGUAAGGACGCUAACCGCAAGGAGAUCACCUCGGUGGUUAUAGUGUCGGGGGGGGCGGGGCAUCGUACCUUCCACCCCUCCCCCUGCGCCUCCCAGCCUGGGGGCGACACAGACAGUACCCUGCUGAUGUGGCAGUUGCCCCUGGUCCUAUAGCCCCCGCCCUCGCUAUGGUCGGACUCUAGUACAUACGGCUGCGACCCGGUCCCUUUAGCUGGUCACUUAGAUACUCAGGAAUGUUCAUAAUGUGGCGCCCCCUGUCCCUGGGGGGGAAAAUAUCAACUGUUUCUAUUUAAACUAAAUAUAAGUCAUAUUUAUAACUAGC